UCCGUUUCUCAAAGCUCACACACCAAAAAAGUCCGUGAACCUUGAUGGCCUCAUAGAUCUAUAUAGGUCACUGUAUCACACAACCUGUAAUAGUUAAUACUCAUGUCUUAGUUGCUCUGCCUUUCACUCUCAUCGGCAUUACUUUGUCCUUGAUCCUUUCUAUCUAGACCACCGUGCCAAAUCAAAGCCUAGGUGCUGUGUCUAUUCUCAAUUGGCCCUUCAUCUCUUGAUUGUGUUCCAAAUCAUCGACCAUUUCUGACGGCCGCUUUCAUCUUGCUCAGCACGAAUCCGGAAAUCUAGUAUAUACGGUCGGUUUUCUUUCGCAUAAAACCUCCAUAUCGGUGGUCUCGCGGAGCUACUCGAAAUCCGACCAUGAGUGACGACAGGGAAAAUAGCUCGCCCUCCAAUCGAGCUUCCAGACCACCAGUUCCCCGGAUGAUUACAGCCUCAUCAUCAAACAAACCAUUUUCACCAUCCCUCCACCUCACAGUCAGAUUCAGCGCCUCCCUCCCUGACCUCCACCUCGACAUACCCUCUCCCAACCGCACCACCAUCGUCGCUCUCAAGCAUCGCAUCCGCGAGCGCCUCCUAUCUUCCAGCAAAGACAGCAAAGAUGAAACAACCGCCAAAGCGGCCCGGAGCCGCCUCCGCUUCAUCCACGCCGGCAAGAUCCUUCCCGACACCGCCGUCGUGAGCUCCGUCCUCCGACCGCCACCGCCGCCGCCCAUGGUCAUGGACGCCAAGGGCAAGGGGAAAGCCGUUGAUCGUCAGCAUCAGCAGCAACGUGUGUACGUGAACUGCAGUAUAGGCGACGAGCUCACAGACGAAGAAUUAGCCACCGAGGCAGCAGCCGCGGCGUUUGUACCUGCCCCCGUUGGAUCCGUUGAUUCCAACCUCUUAGGUACUGGUUCCGGUGCCGGCAGCGGGAAAACCAGCCGCACCACCGGCCUUCAACCCUCCUCCUCCUCCUUGUCAACAGCAGAAUCCAGAUCCCGGAUCAACGCCUCCGCCGGCCAAGGAACGACAACAACAACAACAGACCGCAACCACCCCCGUGGCUUCGACCGCUUCCUCUCCGCGGGCUUUACGCCCGCAGAAGUGAACCAGCUUCGUCUACAAUUCACCUCCAUCCAAGCCUCGCGCUUUACUCCCGACACCAUGCCGUCCCCUGAUACUUUGCGAUCCAUGGAGGACGCCUGGAUAGACAACAACCACGGUGGCGUCGGCGGACCGGGCAUGGUAGAAAGUGAUGACGGCGGCGGGAUGGUUCCGGAACCAAUAGGUGCCGAAACGGAUGGGUUCAAUGGCAUGGUGGAUACGCUCGUCAAGGGCAUGUUUAUUGGGUUUGUGUUCCCCUUGGGGGCCAUUGCUUGGUUGUUGAGGGAGGAGGGGAUGCUGUCGAAGCGAUGGCGGGUUUCUAUUGCGUUUGGGGUGGUGUUUGGGUUUGGGAUCGGGCUGUUGAGGGUGUUCUCGUCUGAUCAGUAGGGAAGUGGUCAGUAUCCGCUGGUGAGGUGGAUUGGGGACGUCUUUAUGGAGAUGGCGCAUUGGGUCGGAGCGUGGGACUUCUGCCGGUUCGUGGUUGCAUUUGGCAUCAUGUCCUGGUCUAUCUACAGAUUUGCUGGGGGGAGGGUUCAGGGGUUGGUAGAGGAAGAAUGAUUGAGAUCUAACUAGCAUUACAGAGUAGUAACCUUUGGUGGAGGGGUUGCUCGUUCUGGAAAUACAAAGACUCGAGGACGACGGAGGUUGACGAAAGACCAAGAGCGAAAUACAGCGGUUUGCUUUGGGAGUAUGCCGUUCGAAGAGUGGCCAAGAACAAGUUUAUGAGCCAUCCUUCAGGGUAGUCAAGUAUAUAUAUAUAUA